AUGUUGCCCGGUCGCUGGGGCAACCACUUAAUUGAACUUAAAGCAUCUGCUUCUGAUGCUAAUGACGACGGCAAUAAUUAUCAUGAUGACGAUGACGAUGGUCAUGAUGAUGAUGGGGACGCUUCUGUGCGAGGCAAAGUAAAGAGCAACGCCUUCACAUUGGAUUACGCGCAGUUUUACUUUAGACCGGAGCCAAUUAGUGGCCAACAGCAACAACAGCAACUACAGCAGCAACUAGCGCAACAGCAGACGCAGCAGACGCAACAACAGCUGCAGCUGCAGCGACAGCAACAGCAGCAAGUGCAGCAGCAAUUGCUCGCCCAACAGCAGCAGCAACUGCAGAUCCAACAACUUCAACAGCAACUGCUGCUGCAACGGCUAGAGCGUGAGUUGCAGCAGCAACAACACCAACAGCAGCUAGCCCAACAGCAGCAGCAGAUUCUCUACCAUCAGCGACAGCACUACGGCCGACAUCGCUGGCUCUCGGGCAGCAACCACUACAAUUACACGCCCCUGCACCAACACCAGCAGCAGCAGCAGCACCAUUACCAGCAGCAGCAGCAGCAACAGCAACAACAGUACAGCUAUUACUUCAGUCGCGGCAGCAGCAGCAGCAGCGGGCUGGGUCUGGGCCUGGGCUUGGGCUUGGGUUUCGGUCUGGGCGGCAGCAAUCUAGCCAGCUGGUACCAUCUGCCAUCGACGUCGGCGCACAUUUACAUCGGCAGCAGCAGCACUGGCGGCGCUCCUUAUCCGUAUCGGCUGGGCUACAGCGGCGGGGGCUAUCCAGCAGCGGCGCUAAUCAACUUUGAGACGUCGCCCACACCGCUGCUCUCGUCAACGGGCAGCUCGCCUGGCUACUUGCCGCCACUGCCGGCCCCGGCACUGCCACCGCCACCACCGGCGCCCAGCGUAGCCACCGAUUACUACUUCAGCAGCAGCAGCAGCAGCCGGGCGCCCGCCAUAGUCAGAGCCGAGCCGUUCCAGGAGUACACAGCGGCGGCGGUUGCAGCGGCGGAGGAGGAGCUACAAGCUGGCGGCUAUCGUUACAAGGCAACGCCACGCCGGCGAUACGACGCCUACGACAACUACGGCUAUCUGCCGGGCCUUGCCAGCACAACCGAGGACGAGGACGACCUGCUUGAGGAGUGCCUGCCAGCGGCCCUGCUAUCCACGGACUGCGAGAGCCUCGAAGACGUGCGCUUUCUCGAAUACAACAGCAACCACCACCCAGAGUACUACGACGAGGACGACGAAGAGGCCCAGCUGGCGCACAUACUCGAUCUUGAUCUGCCCGAUUUUCUGCGCCCUUACAGCAGCAGCAGCGGCGGCGGCGGCGGUAGCAGAAACAGCCACAAGACGCCGCCACAACACGAAUACCAAACGGAGCACGGCGGCGCAGCCGGAGCAGGGGCCAGCGGAGGAGGUGACGGCAGCGGCGGCGGGGGAGGAAGAGGCAGUGCAGCAGCAGCAGCAGCUAGUGGCAAUCAGACGCAUCGCGAAACGGAACAACAACGCUACCAUCACUACCAGCAGCAACAGCAGCAACAAUACCCACACCAGCAGCAGCAGCACCAAUAUCCACACCAGCAACAUCAACACCAGCAACAGCAGCAGCUGCAGUCGCAGCAGCAACAGGCCUAUCAGUCCUACCAAUACCCCUCGCACGACAGCUGUGAGGGCUUCAAUCAGUUCGCCAACGACGCCAGCAGCUGCCUGGGCAAUCAGAGAAUGAUGGUUAGCAAGUUGUGGAACAGCUGCUUUCCGGAGUUUACGCCGGAUCACGUACAUCGGCAUAACUUCUACCUGUGCCAGUGGCAGCGCAACACUCAGGUGCGCAUUGUGUACCUGUUCUAUCGCUGGAUAACGGCGAUAACAUGCUUGGCGGCCCUGGUCUGCUCGCUGCUGGACAUUGGACGCACCGAUGAGCACUUCGAGCACCACUAUGCCAAGUGGUGGAUCUACCUGACCCACUGGGGGCUGCUCUUCUGCACGGUGCAGGCAUGGCUGGCCGCCUGGAUCGUCACCCAGGGCAUGAUGGUCGAGCGCGAGGACUUUGAGAUUGUGCGGCAGGCGAAGAAGAGCCGCCUGCACCACCUCUACUGGGUGCUCUACACCUGCGCCACGGUCUACGCCUUUAUUGUAACAAUGUGCUACUGGCUGCUCGUCCACAAUCCCGAUAUCCACAAGAUUGACGCAUUGAACAUCAUGGUGCACGUAUUGAACUCCAUCAUAAUGCUCAUCGAUCUGGCCAUUGUGGGACAUCCGAUUAAGAUGAGCCACGCCUACUUUACAACUGGCAUUGGACUGGCGUACGCCAUAUUCACAGGCAUCUACUUCUUGGCCGGCGGCACCGACAGGAAAAACCAAACUGCCAUCUACCCGAUGAUGGACUGGACCAAGCCGGGCAAGGCCAUCAUUGUGACAGUUUGUGCCAUCAUUUUCACAUUCUUCGUGCACUUCUGCUGCUAUCUGCUCUACCGCGGACGCGUCUGGCUGUUCACCAAGCUGUGCAUUCGAGGCCGCCACAAUCGCGACGGCGAGAUGGGCGAGGGGCUCAACGAUGAUUCGGGCUCGCGCUUGGGUGGAGGCGGCGGUGGCAUUGGCGGUGCGGCUACUGUAGUGGGCGGCGGCGGCAGCAGUCAGGACUAUGCCCAUCAGCAGCAAUAUCCCAUUGCGCACACGGAGCAGCCGCGGGCCAUUUCACAGCAGCCGCCUGCCAGCUACCAGCUGCCUCCACAGUACUCGGGCUACCUGCAGCAGCCCGUGGUGGCUGGUGUCAAUGUGGGCGUGGUCAGUGCGGAUGGGGUCUAUCAGCCGAUUGGCACGGACUCAGGCCGCACGAGCGGUGGCGGAGGCGGAGGCGGAGCCGGUACUGUCGAUGGCACAGGCAAGCACAAGAGUUCUGGCACCGGCACCGGCUCCGGCUCUGGCUCCGGUUCCGGCGCUGGUUCGGCCUUGACACGUACUGUCGCCCAUUUGGAUGCGGCACAGCGGGAGCAGUUCCUCAAUCCCAACAAGAUCGUCGAGUAUAAGAUGUAAAGGCGUUGUACCCGGCACCGGUAUACGUUCCGCUUGUCCAUGAAGUUUCUGGAGAAGCACUGUGCGCAAUGCGAGGCGGCACGACAGGCUGUCAGCGAGGAGCAGCGCCAUCUGGCGGCGGCCGAAACGCAUGCGCACAGUGGUUAGUUUAAGAUUUGCUUUUGCCGUUUGAUUUCCACGCCCAGUGCCGGCCGGGCACUGUUGGCAUUGUGUAGCCUGUAUUUGGUAUUCGUAGACUGUAAAUGUAGUUUCGUAAUUUUGUAAAAGCUUUGCCAGAUUUUGUAAGCUGCAGCCUACAGUAGUAAUUCGUUUGUGCGCAAGCGCCCACAACUGCGUUAGCUCGCUGCUACAGAAACUUAGAGAGAUAUUUUAGCUAUUGAUGUAUGUAGUUGUCGUAUCCUGUAUAGAGUAUAGACAGACUCAUCGAUUUUGAGCGAUUUCAAAUCUUUUCAAUGGACUAAGUUGAACAUUCUUAUGUUCCAACUACACACGCACACACACCAACACCCACAGACUCACACACACUAGCACCUAAAGAGCCAAAGAACAAAACGCUUUCCCUACUUUAAUUAACAGCAAAUUGUGUUCAGCAAAUACAUAGGCAACUGCAUAUAUGUACUUAUGUAUGUAUGUAUAUGUAAACACACAGCGUCCAUUAAUAAAUAAUUUUGUUGGCUAAGCUCUUCGAACACAACAAAUGGAAAAUAAAACACAUACUGCCUAAAGCCUGGCGCACACUCACACACACGCACACACACACACAUGUUUUAUUAUUUACAAUCAACUUUCUGGUAAUUUUUUUUUUUAGUUUUAGCUUUAUUUGAAGAAAACCUUAUAUAUGUAUCGGUGCAGGAGUACAACAACAGCAAGCGCAAGCUGAGUGUUCUGAGGAGUCGAGUUUUUCGUUUGGCAUUUGCUCGCUUUGAGGACACUGUGCACAUGCCUAAGAUGUUUUUGUCAUCAGUAUUUCGUGGUGCAUGACAGACACAAAAUUAUUCUUUUUUAUUUUAUAAACAAAUCUAGAGUUUAAGAGAUGAUUGACACUGCUUAGGAGUUUAACAAAAUACCAAAUGAAUACCUAAAAGCACAGCAAAAAGAGAGAAAAAUACAAAAUAAAUAUAUAUAAAUAGUUAAAAAAAAACUAAAACGAAAUCAAAUGAGUAUUUCAUAGCAAUCUCACAUGUUGCAUAAAUAAAAGAAAUAGCAAAAAUCAAAGAAUAAUAAGUGCACAAUAUUGAGGAUUAUAAACAGAUUAUAAAUCGAAUAUUAAAAACAUUCCAAAAUUGAAAAACUAGCAUGUAUAAUGUUAAAAAAUCAAA